CUGCUAAAGAAAAGUAAAAACAAAAUAAACACAAACCCAAAAAACAAAAUGAAGCCAUCUUUUGUUCUUUUAUCUAUUGCAGUACUAUUACUAUCAUCAUCGCUAUCGCAUGCAUCCGACUUUGGAUCGCCGUCACACCCACCGGUGAUGUCUCCAACACCGGAACCAUCAAACUCCAUCCACUGUUCCAGCGUCAUCUACAGCAUGGUAGAUUGUCUAUCCUUCUUAACCGUCGGAUCAACCGAUCCAAGCCCGACCAAAACGUGUUGUGUUGGGAUCAAAACCGUUCUUGAAUAUAACCCAAAGUGUCUUUGCUCUGCGUUAGAGAGUAGUCGUGCAAUGGGUUUCGUACUAGAUGAUACUAAAGCUCUUGCCAUGCCUAAAAUUUGCAACGUUCCCAUUGAUCCUCAUUGUGAUGUAUCUACUCCGGUUGCAACAACACCAAUUUCUCCACCAGUAGAGCCACCUACGACUUCACCACCUUCAGCAAAGUCGCCGGCCAUGACCCCUUCAUCACCGGCGGUUAGCCACUCACCACCACCGAACAGUGACGAUUAAGUUUGUUGUUUCUGUUUGAUCGAGUUAAAUUUUUGGUUAUUUAUGAAAUGUUUGUAUUAACAUUAUCACUGUAGUCUUUUAUUUUGGGUCAAUCCGAAUCUGGUUUGACAUAGAUCCACAAAAGUUCACUUCAUUGGACUCUUCCAUUAGUAAGUCAACUGCUAAAUUGUUUUUGUUUUUUUUUUUGCAUUAAACUAUCUCAAUCGAAUGUUGGAAACAAAUAAAGUCAAAACUCUAUA